AUGAUAAUGGACGAGCGACGUGUAGCUGUGCAGGUCCGGCGAAUCCGGCAUUUCUUCGAGAGUAGGGACACGCGGGGUUUCCGCUUCAGGAAGCAACUCGGAAAAGGCGACCAAGGCAUCGUGGUCAAGUUUACGGAAUACGACGAACAAGGCAACGAGACGCGGGAUCUCGCCGUGAAGCAGUGCCGGGAUAACCUUGUGUCCGCUGAAGAACUCCGAGUGAUUCGAAACGAGAUACACGGGCUGAAGAUCUUGUAUGGGGCCAAACACUUCGCACAGCUCAUGUGCGACGACGACGGUGCCGCGAUCACGAGACCGAACAACUUGACCGGGAGACUGGCAAACAACUCGCUGCUCAUAUUCCGCGUUACCGAAUGCAUGCCCUUUUUGGUCAGGUCUUGUAUUGGCAUGGCAUAUCCUCCCGACCGCCAUCGUACGACAGACUUCAGCGACGCCUGGAGAGCUCCUGCGCAUCUCCGAAUUCCUGUCACGGAAACGCUCCCAGCCCCGGGGACAGAUCAGAGGGCCAACACCUUUGCAUUGGGAGACUUCGAUGCGAUAAACAUCAUGUUUGGGCACUUCGACCCCGAGGGUGGUGAACAUUCCUUCCUCCCGAUAUUGAAAUGGGUCGAUAUCGGCCACGCGAGGUGGUAUGGUGCGAGCGGAUUCCUCGCCGACGGCGAGGUAGACCCAAGGGCACCCAUUGGACAGACCUCAAUCCAGAGCAGCGUGACGAAUACCGGUGCUAUGAUGUUAUUCACCUUUUUCAACAAGUUCAAGGACCCAGACUUCAAGGCGCUGAUCAAGCGCUGCAAUGGCCGGCCGGCCGGCCGUCCGGGGCUGCAGGACCUCCUCGCCAUCUGCGACCUCGCCAUCGCCACCAAGACGGACUGGUCCGACUUCCCCAACCUGACCGACGAUGAGAAGUUGCUGGAGACGGACGAGGGGAUCAGGCAGCUUGUUGCUGAUGUCAUCCUCAAUGCCGACCUGCCCAAGCCCGCCCCUGCGACGGGUGCGGCGGCAGGGGCGGCCGAUCCACCGGCUGCGGGUGGGUCGGGCUCCGCCGGUCCUCCAGGUCCUCCGGCCGGCGGCGCGGGGGCUGCUGGUCCUGCUGGUCCUGCUGGUCCCGCUGUCCCAGGUGCGUGGCCUGCGGGUGGUGCUGGGGAAGCUGAGCCCACGGGGCUUGUGGACAGUUGCAAGACACAGUAA